AUGGGGCCCAUGGAUGCCGUGGUAACCGUUGAUACCUUGCCUGGUGCCAGCCAAACAUUUUCCAAAAGUUGGAGGAGCCAGGUGGAGCCUUUGCCCACCAUGGCUUUGUAUAGGCCACUGGAGAUCAGGGUGAUAAAUGCUGGCAAAAGCCAGCACAAUGAGGAUCAAGCCUGCUGUGAGGUAGUAUUUGUGGAAAAGCGAGGCAGUCAGAGGAAUAACCCAGCCUCCAAGGAAACAUCUGGAGACCCAGAGGUGCCGGACAAAAAAGGCCUGUACUUUUAUUACUGGGGUUUGUUCGAUGGACAUGCUGGAAGUGGGGCUGCAGUCAUGGCAUCUAAGCGACUACACUUCCACAUCCGUGAUCACCUCAGAGAAUUAGUAGACAUCCUCCAAGACUCCUCACCUCCUCCGAUCUGCCUGCAAGAUGCUUCCCGGACAGUUUCAGGGGAACCAAAUAGGGCUCCCUUGGUAGAGGAAGAAGUUGAGGUCCCCAACAGUGCCUUGCCACGUUUCCAUAUGGAAAAAGCAGUUUCCCAUGAGAGUUUGGUAGUGGGAGCCAUUGAGAAUGCAUUCAAAGAGAUGGACAAACAGAUUGAGCAAGAGCGGGUGACCCGGCAUGUAUCUGGAGGCUGCUGUGCUCUGGCUGUGGUUUACCUCCUGGGAAAGUUCUACGUGGCCAAUGCAGGUGAUAGUAGGGCCAUUGUCAUCCGUAAUGGGGAAAUCAUUCCAAUGUCCAGGGAGUUUACUCCAGAGACAGAGAGGCAAAGGCUGCAGUUUUUAGGCUUUUUGAGACCUGAGUUGCUGGGGAAUGAAUUUACUCAUCUUGAGUUUCCCCGAAGAAUCCAGCAUAAGGAACUGGGAAAGAAGAUGCUAUACAGGGACCAAAACAUGAAUGGCUGGGCAUAUAAAAGGAUAGAAGAAGAUGAUCUGAAGUUUCCACUCGUAUAUGGAGAGGGUAAAAAGGCACGAAUGAUGGCAACCAUUGGGGUGACUCGUGGCCUGGGAGAUCAUGAUCUCAAAGUAUACAGCUCCAACAUCUACCUCAAACCUUUCUUAUCCUGCAUCCCAGAGGUCUGCAUCUAUGACCUCACUCAGUAUGAGCACUGCCCUGAUGACGUGCUCGUGCUGGGCACUGAUGGCCUCUGGGAUGUCACCAGUAAUCAAGAGGUGGCCAAUGUAGUGCUGGACAUUCUCAUGCGUUAUGAGCCCAAUGACCCUUGCAGAUACACUAUGGUAGCCCAGGAGUUGGUGGUAAGGUCCAGAGGAGUUCUGAAGGACCGUGGCUGGAGGCUGGCCAAUGACAAAUUAGGCUCUGGUGAUGACAUCUCAGUCUUCGUUAUUCCCCUUGGUGGCCCAGGAAACUACACCUGAAGAAAUCCCAGAACACCUGAUCCAUGCUGCUAGACUGUGAGAGACCACUUAUUGCAAACUGAUGGUUGCAGGUCUCAUGCAAUGGAAACAUUCAUGCUUCUUGAGUUUUCAGAAGAGGAUUAAAACCACAGGACUCCUACUUGAGCCCUGUUCCAUCCCAGCUUGCUGUGUCCCAGCUGGGAACACAAAACAUAGGCUUGGGCUGUACAGCUGUUCACAACAAUGAAGUCAAGGCACUGCUGUUCCUCUCAGGAAUAUCCCUAUUGGCCCUUCAGAGCCAUAGGAAAUCCCAUGUUCCAAGGGCUGCAUUCAUUCAGGGCUAUGUUGGAAAGGGAAGGGGGCUUGGAGGGAGUCUCAUUUUUGUUACAAUAGCGUGGAAAUGUUCUCCAAAUUGAGUAUUAGCACUGCAGUGUCCCUGAUUUGCUGCAAAAUUUAGUUCUAUUAUUAUAAAGGAGCUGCUCAAGCUCCCUUUGCUGAGUUCCAAGGACACCUUGACUUAUAAUGAUUUCCUGCCCUGCCCCUGCUGCUAAUUGCUGAAGUACAACCAAGUAAAUGCUGCUUUUUGGUUGGUUCCUUGGAAUUGCUACAAAAAGGUCCCGUGCAGCUGUCAGUCCAAAGUAGUCACUGGUUAUGCAUUCAUCAGGGAUUUCUCACUGUAAUGACGACAAAAAAAAGAAGAAGCCAAAUUUGCUUAUUCUCACAAAUGAGCUCUCAGGGGGCAAAAGAAUGAUACAAUAGAUUCCUGCUAUAAGAAACUGUAUUUAAGAAUGUCUUCUCUUUUGCCAUAUAAGGGUAAACAUAUGAGAACAAGCAAACAGUGUCAUAGGUUUGCUACCCUAUAGUGACAAUAUUCAAUUGGUUUGUUUAAAGGAGGCUCUUCACAGCAAGAUAUAGGCAUCUAAGGUAUGACACAAAUAAACAGUAGGUAGCUAUGCAUAGGAAUAGCAGAUACUCUGCAUUUUGAAUUUGUUCAUCUGUUUCCUUCUAUGAAAAAUCACAUGUACCAGGUUAGGGUUGCCAGCUGCUGGGAGAAACUGGGGGUGGGGACAGGCUCUGUGGCGUUGGACCAAAGCGUGAUGUCACUUCUGGCACAAAACUGAAAGUGAUGUCCUCAUGUUGUGAUGACAUUCUAGGAUUUGCCAAAUGGAGUUUUGAGUGAAUCCCAAAAAGGAGCCCUGACACGAUGAUGAUACUUCUAGUUUUUCACCAGAAGUGACAGUGAGCGACACCCUCCCCCCAUUUUCCUUCCUGCUGGGCUGUGAAGCAGUGGACAAUAGGGAGCAAUGCUGGGAGGGUGUUGGGUUCUUGGCCUAAUGAAUAGAGGAUUUCUUCUUUUUUCCCCCCUAGUAACCAUUUUAAAUCAUAAUCUUUCAUGAAUCCUCAGCUAGCCACACUAUACAAAAGAGUGCAUUGUUGUCUAGAGGUCCUGUAGCUUAAAUAUGGCCUGUGCAUAUCUGUGUAGCUUUGACCAAUUAAUAAAGUAAUAAAUGAAUCAAAAGUUUAAAAGAAAAUUCUGGCCACCAUAUGGAAAAUCUAAGCCUUAACAACAGCCAGGUGGGCAGUGUUGCAGAAAGCUUCAUUUAGACAAAACCUGCACAUUAUGUAAAGUCACCCCCUCCUUGGAAGUUUGGAUUUACGUGUCUCUUCACAAAGUGAGAGAGAAUUAAAGAACUAAAUGCAAGAGUGUGACAAUCAGCUGUCAUCUCAAAGCAACAACUG